AUGUCCGACGAAAAGGUUACAGGACUUGCCUCCUUACCGUUAGAGUUGUUCGACAAGAUCCUAUCUAUGCUCGACUCAGUGUAUACACUCGGCCAGUUCGUGCGUACGUCGCGCUUCAUAUACGGCCGCUUCAACGCUGAGAAAGCUGUUCUCAUCUGGCGCGCCCUUCAACGGGAGCUUGGGCCCGGGGUUAUCGAUGCCAAAAUCCUAUACACGUUUGAGUACGCCGAGCCGAAUCCGGAUAACCUAUACCACUACCACGGGCAGGUCCGCAAUAUCGCCCGCAUCUACAUCAGCAUGGUGAGGGGUCUGGGAGUCUGGAGCCGGCCUGUGGUUCACAUACCGACUCCGUACCAACUCACCGAGUUUGCUCACGCGUUGUACAAAAUGAACAAAAUCGCGGACCUGUAUAUCGCCACACAGCUCCAGACCUUUCGGCGCUACGUCGAAAAACAUGUCUCCUCAAACGAGUCGGUUUUGGCCGCGGCAGCUCCCUUGACUCCUACUGAGCGCCAUCGGGUCCUGCGGGCCCUUUACCGUCGUCAAAUCGUCAGUAAUGCCUGGGCUCCAACGAGGCGCCAUGAGCGAUAUGAAUCAUGGGAAGAGGAGGACAUCAUCAGUAUGGGCAAUAUCAACAUAGACGGGCGUGAGCAUGAUACCAGGGAAGUGAGCUUGGGAAUCCUUGCGGCGUUCGAGCCCUGGGGGACGCAGCAGGUCGACCACAUCAACCUGUUUCUCGGCCGCCUCUGCAUUGCGCUCGAUCGCCUCACUUAUGACCCCCCCCCGCCGUUUUAUCCAAUACUACCGCAAUAUUCGGUGAGCGCUAACCGAGAAGUGAAGUUCGGCAAUAUGUACGCCCGGUCCUCGUCCUAUCUGGUGCAGUACAUCAAAGCCCAUCCAGACCUCGUCGAAGAGGCUGUACGCAUCCUAUCAUCCCAGGCCGAACUGCCCCCGGACCACGAAAGCCUCCAGAACCCGUAUCUCGACCGUUACGGCCUCUUCCCCUUGACCUACAGGUUUCAACGCCGAAGAUAUGACUUAAUUCCCCACCCCGAGACCAAGGGGUGGGAGGAGGACCUCAAAUCGAUAGAUUUUGCGGGCGACGAAGACCCAGACGCCGACGCAGGUGGGACACCUUGGGCUUGGCCGGAUGCGUUGAAUGGUCACUACGUCAACUGGUAUGGGGAAGCGCUGCAUAUGCUCCCAUCGCUGGCGGGUGAGGAUGAGGAAACGAAGCUUGAGAGAAGAGAGCGGGCGUAUCGGUGGCGGUGGGCUGGGUUUUGUUUCUGGGAUCGUGAGAGGGUGGAAGCGUUGAAGAAGCUGGACGAGUUCAAGGAGUUUAAGAGGGGUUGGGUUGGGAAUCCGUAG